GACAACCCCACCUUGAGAGUGGGUGCCGAUACAGGAGGGAACCUGUGAAACUUGCGAUGACUCUUUAUUUAUUUAUUCUCGCCAUGGAGACUUGGGAUUUACAAAUAGAAACCCUAGAAUAAUUGACCAUUCCAUCCCAACCGAAUCCGACCAUGGAAACGAUACUACCACUUCCGUUCCUCGUCGGCGUCAAUGUCCCACCAGGGCUCGGCGGCGAGAAGGAGGGUCUCAAUCGCGAGGAAGUGUCGAGUCUUGGUUGUGUCUUCUUCGAGGUCACUCCUCAAACACUCGACAAGGUCAUGCGAUUCCUUGGCCGCCACAACACCGAGUUCCAAGCCUUCUUCGACGUGACACGCCUUGACUCCCGCGACGACAUCAUCACUCUGCUUGACGCUGGCGCCCGCAAAGUCUUCGUCCGCCCCGAACAACUGCCCGACUUCGCCGAGUUUGGCUCUCGGGUUGCCCCCCUUCUGGACGGCAACAACGCCGGGGCUGUGUCUUCUGUUCCCACAGAGCACGGUCUACUCGUCUCUGGCCUCGACCAGACGGUAGCCGAUCUUCCCCGGUUCGUCGAGGAGACCAAGGCAAAGAGGAUCCAGCCGCUCUUUAUCAAGCCCUUGGCGGGGGCCAACCUGGAAGAGUUCCUCAAGGUUGCGGCGCAAUGCAACGCCGUUCCGAUUCUGCCAUCGACCGAGUUGAGCAGCACAGCGCAAACCGGAAAGCUCGCCGUGCCCAAGAUCCUCGCCGCGACCUGGAAGUCGGACCGCGCAGACGGCCUGAUCCCUACCGUCGUUGUCGACGAACAUGACACGGCGCUAGGCUUGGUGUACAGCAGCGAAGAAAGCGUGGGGGAGGCGCUCAAGACACAAACAGGCGUCUACCAGAGCCGCAAGCGCGGCCUGUGGUACAAAGGGGCCACAUCUGGUGACACACAGGAACUGGUCCGGAUAUCUUUAGACUGCGACAACGAUGCUCUUAAGUUUGUCGUGAGGCAAAAGGGGCGCUUCUGUCACCUGGAACAGUCGGGAUGCUUCGGGGAUCUGAAGGGCCUUGCCAAGCUGGAGAGCACCCUUGUGUCGAGGAAGCAGUCGGCGCCAGCGGGCUCCUACACCGCCCGCUUGUUCUCGGACGAGAAGCUGCUGCGCGCCAAGAUCAUGGAGGAGGCUGAGGAGCUCUGUGAUGCAAAGACGCCCGAGAAUGUUGCCUUUGAGGCUGCGGACCUCAUCUACUUUGCUCUGACCAAGGCCGUGGGCGCCGGCGUGACCCUGGCGGAUAUCGAGAAGAGUCUCGACGCUAAGAGCUUCAAGGUCAAGCGUAGGACAGGCGAUGCUAAGGGGAAGUGGGCAGAGAAGGAAGGCAUCAAGCCAGCAGCGAGCGCGGCCCCAGUUGUCCCAGUUCAAGAGACUCCCAAGGAGGCCGCCCCUGAACGGAUCACCAUGAAGGUCUACGACAUGGCCACCGCCUCGAGGGAACAACUCGAUGAGGCUCUGAAGCGGCCAUCACAAAAGUCGCCGGAAACCAUCAUGAAGAUCAUCACCCCGAUUAUCGACGACGUCCGGAAGAAGGGUGACAAGGGGGUUCUCGAAUACACUCAUAAGUUCGAGAAGGCAACGUCAUUAACCUCGCCAGUCCUUAAGGCACCGUUCCCUGAGUCGCUCAUGCAGCUGCCUGCCGAGACUAUCAAGGCGAUCGACGUGUCUUAUGAGAACAUCCGCAAGUUCCACGCUGCCCAGAAGGAGGAGAAGCCGCUGCAGGUUGAGACCAUGCCUGGCGUUGUCUGCAGCCGCUUCUCGCGGCCCAUCGAAGCCGUCGGCCUCUACGUCCCCGGCGGCACCGCAGUCCUGCCCAGCACAGCGCUCAUGCUUGGCGUGCCGGCCAUGGUCGCCGGAUGCAAGAAGAUCGUCCUCGCGUCGCCGCCCCGGGCCGACGGCACCAUCACGCCCGAGAUUGUCUACGUCGCCCACAAGGUCGGAGCGGAGUCGAUCGUCCUGGCCGGCGGCGCGCAGGCUGUCGCGGCCAUGGCGUACGGCACCGAGAGCGUCAGCAAGGUGGACAAGAUCCUCGGCCCCGGCAACCAGUUCGUCACGGCGGCCAAGAUGUUCGUCAGCAACGACACCAACGCCGGCGUCGGCAUCGACAUGCCGGCCGGGCCCUCCGAGGUCCUCGUGAUUGCCGACAAGGACGCCAACCCGGCCUUCGUCGCCUCGGACCUCCUCUCCCAGGCCGAGCACGGCGUCGACAGCCAGGUCAUCCUGAUCGCCAUCGACCUCACGGACGCGCAGCUGUCGGCCAUCGAGGACGAGGUGCACCGGCAGGCGACGGCGCUCCCGCGGGUGGACAUCGUGCGGGGCUCGAUCGCGCACUCGCUCACGGUGCGGGUCAGGACCGUGGACGAGGCCAUGGAGAUCAGCAACAAGUACGCGCCCGAGCACCUGAUCCUCCAGCUCCGGGACGCCGAGUCGGUGGUGGACAAGGUCAUGAACGCCGGGAGCGUCUUCAUCGGCGAAUGGACCCCGGAGAGCGUGGGCGAUUACUCGGCCGGCGUCAACCACUCGCUGCCAACCUACGGCUAUGCCAAGCAGUACUCGGGCGUCAACCUCGCAUCCUUUGUCAAGCACAUCACCAGCUCCAACCUCACCGCCGAGGGCCUGCGCAACGUGGGCGAGGCGGUGAUGCAGCUCGCCAAGGUCGAGGAGCUCGAGGCCCACCGGAGGGCGGUCAGCAUCAGGCUGGCGCACAUGGAUCGGUGAUUUUUGGGUGGAGAGUUGGUGAUUUGGGUUUCCUGUCAUAUAAAAACGGCUUGG